AUGAAAAUGGCUGAUACUGGAAGUCCCGUGGGUAAAUAUGGUAAUAAAUGGCAGUUAGCAUUGGCAGUCGGGCUUCCAGUUGCUGUCGGUGUGGGUUACUGGUACUUAAACAAUAAAAAUAAAAAAAGAAAAGUCAAAGAAUCAGAUAGAAAGAUUGUAGGAAAAUUACGAGACACGGUUAUAGAUACCGACAAGUCUGCUAAAAGAGCUGGAGAACCUAUAGCAAAGACACCCCUGGAAUUAGCAACUGCACUUAAAGAAGAAGGCAACAAACAUUUUAAAAAUUCACAAUUUGAAGAAGCUAUUUCCAGUUAUGAAAAAGCUAUUGAAAUAUGCCCUGAAAAAGAGACCAUUAGUUUGGCUACAUUUUACCAGAAUAAAGCAGCAGCUUAUGAGCAAUUGCAAAAGUAUGAAGAUGUAAAAGAGGCAUGCACCAAAGCUUUAUCAUAUAAUCCUGUUUAUACUAAAGCACUUACAAGAAGAGCUAAAGCUUGUGAGCAUUUAAAGGACUUAACACAAGCUCUUGAAGAUGUGACUGCUGCUUGCAUAUUAGAAAGUUUUCAGUCUCAAACAACUUUACUAUCAGCUGAUAGAAUUCUUAAAGAAUUAGGUCGGCAACAUGCCAAAGAAGCCAUGGCAAAAAGAGUACCUGUCAUGCCUUCAGAAAUUUUUAUUAAAACUUAUUUCUCAACCUUUGCAAAUGAUCCUAUUAACUCAUUUUUGUCUAAAACUGAUGGAGAUAACUCUAAAGGAUACCUCAAAGCAGUUGAAUGCUUUAAAAACAGAAAUUAUGAAUUAAAGAAAUGCAUAUUAAUGAUAACAAUAAAAAAAAAAAAGUACCUCUUUUUUUUUAUUAUACAAUUGAAUCGGAUCGAUAUAAUCAAUCAAACAAGAGAAUGA